CCUUCACCUACUUCUCCUACACACAGUCCAACAAGACAAGCCGCCUCACGCGGCAUUUCCAAGUUUUGAUAUCCCACUGUUUUCUCGUCCCUUUUUUAACAUCAUCUUGCACACCGGCUUAUUCUGUUAUCGCAAUCAUGUCUCGCGCAGCGAAGCUGGCCGAGCUUCGCGCUCUCCGCGCCGCCGGCAAAACGCGCCUUUCCACUUACCAGGUCGAAGAAGAGGAGCAACUGUACGAUGAGGUGGACGAAGAAGGAUACAAGAAGGUUGUCCGGAGUCGCCUGGACCAGGACGACUUCAUUGUCGACGACAAUGGCGAGGGCUACGCCGACGACGGCAGAGAGGACUGGGACGGCGGCCACCCAGGCUAUCGGUAUGUCGACACGGAAAGUGAAGAGGAAGAGCGCCCCGCUAAGGGCAAAGCCGCGAAGAGGAAACGGGAAGAAGAGAGAGAGAAGCAGGAGAAGAUCAACAACGGCAUUAGCAAGUAUUUCAACGCGAAGGCCGCAACCAAAGCGCCGAAGCCCAAGCCUACCGUUACGGCCGCCGAUGAUGCCUUCAUGGCUGACCUCUUGGGCGAAGUCGACAUGAAUAUCCCGCGCCGCUCCGCUCCACGCAUGCAACCAGUCAAGUCGGAAACCAGGCGCAAGACGCGCGUCUUGUCUCCUCCCGUCGAAACCCGGCCCGCAACGAGCAAGCAGAAGGACAGCGGCUCGGACGCAUACAUGCUCGACACGCCUCCACCAGUGAACGCGUCCGACGACGACGGAAUUCCGCCUGCUGCUGAUGACGAUAUGCAGAUGAGCGAUUUGCCUCUGCCUUCUUCUCCCGUGACAAACGCCCUGGAGAGAAAGGCAAACCCUGCUGUGAAGACGGAGGAGCAGGAGGAGGAUGAUAUGCUGGAAGUGGCUCAACCCAUCGGACAUACCGGUGUGAACUCAACCAGCGUCAACAUGGCUGGCAGGCGGCCUGUUCCGAAGAUAAAGAAAGCGGAUUAUCCUACCCCCGCAAGCUCCUCCCCGCCAGCUGCGUCCUCUGCACCCUUUGUGGACCCUUCUUCUUGGACUGAAGUAACAAGCGGCCUCAAUGUCGCCAGCAGCCCAGCUCCUCUUACGACGAACGUGGGCAAACUGAGGCCCGAAUGUGCGGUGGAAGAGGAUGGCAGCAUCCGGAUGUUUUGGUUCGAUUACGUCGAGGUGAACGGUAGCCUCUGCUUGUUUGGCAAGGUCAAGGAUAAGACGACCGGAAACUAUGCCAGUUGCUUCGUCAAGGUCGACAACAUCAUGCGCAAGCUGUAUUUCCUUCCCCGAGAGCACCGCCAUAGGAAUGGGAGGCCAACUGACGAGGAAGUUGAGCUAAGCGACGUUUCGGAUGAAGUCGAUAUCAUCAUGAGGAGACAUAACGUCAAGGAGCACAGGGUCAAACCUUGCUCGAGGAAGUACGCCUUCGAGCUCCCGGACAUACCAAAAGAAGCAGACUACCUCAAGCUUCUCUACAGCUAUCAGAAUGUGCCUCUUUCUACCGACCUGACUGGCGAGACCUUUUCGCACGUAUUCGGCGCCAACACUUCUCUUUUCGAGCAGUUCGUUCUGUGGAAGAAUAUCAUGGGUCCGUGUUGGCUGAAGAUCGAGAGUCCGGAUUUCUCAGGUGUCAACAACGCAUCAUGGUGUAAACUUGAGCUGCAGGUCCAGAAGCCCAACCUCAUCACCACUCUUGGGAAUUCGGACAAUCUAGAAGCUCCCCCUCUGACUCUGAUGAGCCUGUCCCUCCGCACUACGUUCAACCCGAAGGACAACAAGCAGGAAAUCCUUGCCGCUAGUGCCAUGGUCUACGAAAACUUCUCGCUGACGGAUACCACCCCUGCAGAAAAACUUCCUUGCAAAAGCUUCACCCUGCUGCGUCCGAAUGGAGACUCCUUCCCAACCGGGUUUAAGAUGGAAUGCGAGAAGCAGAAAGGCAGCAUCGUGCUCAGGAAAACCGAAUUGGAACUGCUCAGCUAUCUCAUGGCUAUGUUCCAGCGACACGACCCGGAUGUGCUUAUCGGACAUAGACUUGAUGAUGUCGACUACAGUGUCUUGCUGAACCGCAUGAGGGAGAGGAGGACGCCAGGUUGGCACCGCAUUGGGCGUUUACGAAGAAGUGAGUGGCCAAAGAACCUGGGUAAAGGAGGGGGAAGCUUCUUCGUCGAAAGACAAUUAGCGGCGGGACGCUUGCUCUGCGACCUUGCCAACGAUUUGGGCAAGUCUCUCAUGACCAAAUGUCAGUCUUGGAGCCUGGAAGAAAUGUGUCAGCUAGUUCUUGGAAAACCUCGCCAGGAGCUGGACAACGAAGUUGCACUGAAGACGUGGGCGACUACUAAAGACGGCCUCAUGAACUAUGUGAAGCACUGCCAGGCGGAUGCAUUCUUCAUUGCCGCCAUAUCGAUCAAGGUACAGAUGCUUCCGCUCACCAAGGUCCUGACGAAUCUUGCUGGUAACUCGUGGGCGCGGACGUUAAGCGGCACUCGAGCUGAACGGAACGAAUACAUUCUGCUUCACGAAUUUCACAAGAACAAGUACAUCUGCCCAGACAAGGUUGUGGGCAAGGGAAAGUCCAAGGUUGAGGAAGAAACUGCCGAGGGUGAAGAGGGUGUAGAUGCAAAGAAGAAGGACAAGUAUAAGGGUGGUCUUGUCUUCGAGCCCGAAAAGGGUCUCUAUGACAAGUUCAUCCUCGUAAUGGACUUUAACAGUUUGUACCCUAGCAUCAUUCAGGAGUACAACAUCUGCUUUACCACAGUAGAUCGAUCCGACCUCGGCGAGGAUGACGACAAGGUCCCUGAGGUGCCGAGCGAGGACAAAGAUCAGGGCAUUCUACCCCGUCUUAUCGCCAACCUCGUCAACAAGCGGCGAGAGGUCAAGAAGCUCAUGAAAAGCCCCUCCGCUUCGGCUGACCAACUUGCAACGUGGGACAUCAAGCAGCUGGCCCUGAAGUUGACUGCCAACUCCAUGUACGGCUGUCUGGGCUACACGAAAUCUCGAUUCUAUGCUCGCCCUCUGGCUAUGCUCACCACGUAUAAGGGCCGUGAGAUUCUGCUCCGCACCAAGGACAUGGCCGAAGCAAAGAUGCUGCGGGUUAUCUAUGGUGACACGGACUCCGUCAUGAUCAACACGAACGUCGACAAUAUCCACGACGCAUUGAAGCUGGGUAAUGAGUUCAAGCGCGAGGUCAACGACAGCUACAAACUCCUAGAAAUCGAUAUCGACAAUGUAUUCAAACGGAUCCUUCUUCACGCCAAGAAGAAGUACGCAGCCAUCAACAUGGUGCCGGUAGACGGCAAAUACAUUGAGAAGCUCGAAGUCAAGGGUCUCGACAUGCGCCGAAGGGAAUACUGCGCCCUCUCUAAAGAGACCUCCACCGACCUCCUCAACUUCCUCCUCUCGGGCGAGGAUUCCGAUACCGUCGUCGAGAAAAUUCACGACUACCUCCGCGACCUCGCCCAGAAGAUGCGCGAGUUCUCCAUCCCCACCCGCAAAUACACCAUCUUCACGCAGCUUGGCAAGAACCCCAAGGACUACCCGAACGGCAACUCGAUGCCCUCUGUCCAAGUCGCCCUCCGCCUCAUGGCGAAGGGUAAACACGUCAAAGCCAAAGACGUAAUGUCUUUCAUCAUCACGGGCUCGUCAUCCGGUUCAGCUGAGGAGGCCGCCAAGAACGCCUUUCCCGUUGACGAAGUCCUCAAGCCCGACUCAGGCCUCAAACCCGACAUCGACUACUACCUUCACAAGCAGAUCCUCCCGCCCGUGGAGCGUCUGUGCGCCCCUAUAUCAGGCACAAACGUCACCCUGCUGGCCGCUUGUCUGGGUCUCGACACCUCCAAGUACCGCGUCUCGUCCCUGUCGUCCGGCGCAGGCGCGGCUCAGGAUACGGAGAUCCAGCCGCUGGAGUCCCAGAUCCCAGACUCGGUCCGCUUCCAGAAUUGCUCACGGCUAUAUCUCCGUUGUCGAGUGUGUACAUCCGUUUUCCCCUUCUCGGGCGUCAAGUCUUCCUCCCCUUCGGCAAUGGCUACGCUCUCACAUCAGGGCAUCAAGUGUCCCCACCCGUCUUGCGGGCAUGUCCUCACCACCCUGUCCGUGGUCGCGCAGCUGGACUCGGCGAUCCGCCAACUCCUGGCCCGGUACUACGCUGGCUGGCUCGUCUGCGACGACCCUGCGUGCGGGAACCGCACUCGGCAGAUGUCCGUCUAUGGACACCGAUGUCUCGGUCCCAAGGGGCUGGCGACGGGUUGUCUAGGGAAGAUGCAGUGGGAGGUCCGCGAGAAGGAUGUCUGGAAUCAAUUGCUGUACUAUCAGAGUCUGUUCGAUGUGGACAGAGUGGUUAAGGGUAGUGGUAAUGCGGGGCAGCAGCAGCCGCAGCAGCAGGCCGGCUCUGAGAGCGAGGCGAGAGAGAAGAUGAAGGUGAUCGCGGAGGUGAAUCGCCAGCGGUUCGGCACCGUGAGGGAUAGUGUGGGGAGGUGGUUGGAGAGGAAUGGACGGCAGUGGGUGCAGAUGGAUAGUUUGUUUGCGUUUGCCAGGAAGGAGUAGAGGGAGCGAGUAACGAAACUUUGGGCUUUUCUGUUGGAUGACAUGCAAGUUGGUGAGCAUGGUAGGCGCUCAAGGUUGAUGAAGUUUUAGUUCCUUAUGAUAAUGCCGGAUGGGGGACAAGGCGUCGAGGUUCAAUUAUAGCUCGUUUCUGAUGGAAUUGG